UUCUCCUCGGACUCGGAACCUGCUGCCGACCUUUCCCUCUUCCCCUUAAAACUUAAAAUAAAAUAAAAUAAAAUAAAAGGCCUCCUCCUAGUCCUACCUGACGCUGUGUGCACCGGCCUCAACUCGAUCCCACGUCCCCAUCCAUCCAUCUAUCCAUUCACCCAAGUCCUAACUCACUUCGUUCGAGUCGUCUUGGACCCACGUUAAAGGAAAAGUCCUGCUUUAGCAAACAAAAACCAGUAGAAGCAGCAGAAGCAGGAGCAGGAGGAGGAGAAGAGGAGGGGCCAUGGGCGAAGACGGGACUGGGCUCAAAGGGGGCGGCGGUUCUGGUCGGGAGCGGGGCGGGCUCCCGAGCGGCGCGGCGCGGUCGCGGAUCCCGCGGGGGCGCCAGGUCCAGAAGACGUUGAACAACCUGAAGAUCACGGUGCUGUGCGGCUUCGUCACCAUCCUCGUUCUCCGCGGCACCAUCGGCGUCGGCAACCUCGGCGGCUCCUCCCCCGCCGAGGCCGAGGCUGAGGCCGAGGCCGAGGCCAAGGUCGUCGAGGACAUCGAGCGCAUCCUCCGCGAGAUCCGCUCCGACUCCGACCCCGACGACGACGACGAUGACCGCCGCCUCCUCCAAUCUACCUCCCCUCUCAACUCCACCUCCGCGUCCGCCGCCAACUACACGCUGGGCCCCAAGAUCUCCGACUGGGACGAGCAGCGCCGCGUCUGGCUGAGCCGAAACCCUGGGUUCCCCCGGCGAACCGCCGCGGGCAAGCCGAGGAUCCUCCUCGUCACCGGAUCCCCGCCCAAUCCCUGCGACAACCCCAUCGGCGACCACUACCUCUUGAAAGCUACGAAGAACAAGAUCGACUACUGUCGCCUCCACGGGAUCGAGAUCGUGUACAACAUGGCCCACCUCGACCGCGAGCUCGCCGGGUACUGGGCCAAGCUCCCGCUGAUCCGGCGCCUCAUGCUCUCCCACCCGGAGGUGGAGUGGAUCUGGUGGAUGGACAGCGACGCGCUCUUCACCGACCUGGCCUUCGAGAUCCCGCUGUCCCGCUACGACAAGCACAACCUCGUCAUCCACGGCUACCCGGACCUCCUCUUCGAGAAGCACUCCUGGAUCGCGCUCAACACCGGCAGCUUCCUCCUCCGCAAUUGCCAGUGGUCGCUCGACCUCCUCGACGCGUGGGCCCCCAUGGGCCCCAAGGGUCCGAUCCGCGACGAGGCCGGCAGGGUCCUCACCGCCAGCCUCGAGGGGCGCCCGGCGUUCGAGGCCGACGACCAGUCCGCUCUCAUCUACCUCCUGGUGUCGCAGCAGGACAGGUGGGUCGCCAAGCUCUUCGUCGAGAAUUCGUACUACCUCCACGGAUUCUGGGCCGGGUUGGUGGACAAGUACGAGGACAUGAUGGCGAAGCACCACCCGGGGCUCGGAGACGAGAGGUGGCCCUUCGUAACCCACUUCGUCGGGUGCAAGCCCUGCGGUAGCUACGGGGAUUACCCGGUGGAGAGGUGCCUUACUAGUAUGGAGAGGGCGUUCAAUUUUGCCGAUAACCAGGUGCUCCGCCUCUACGGGUUCGCGCACAAGGCCCUCUCUAGCCCCAAGAUCAGGAGGAUCAGGAAUCAGUCCACAAACCCGUUGGAGGUGAAAGAGAGCCUCAACCUCCGAACACGGACAAUCACGCCACCUUGAACUCGCCCGCCCGCUCAAUACUGCUGCUGUUAGAGGUCAGGCUUGCGGAUUCAUUUUUGCCGUGCUGUAGGAUUUUCAAUUAACUUUAAACGAGCUUGUAGUACUGUUAAACAUUUUUAUCUCAGCUUUUUCACUCUCGGUAAUUAGCGUAUUACUAAUUACUACUAUUUGCAAGCUUCGUUUAGAUGCAGGGUUCUUCUUUCAAAGGACAUUGUUGUACAAGGAAAAGAAACUUACUAUCA